AUGUCUACCCUCAACCUCGUCAUCCAAUACACUCAAGCAGCUCUAUUUCGCCUCCCAGGACCCACUCAACAAUUCCUUCGCAACCCAACAGCCCAGAAGGCCAUUGGCGUCCUCACCGCCCUCGUCUUCCUCCGCGCGACAAACCGCUUCUUUUCAAAACGCACCCUGCAAAACUGGACCACCAACCAACCAUGGAUCCCAGCCCGCGAGCUUAUCCUGUUAACUGGCGGGUGCAGCGGAAUUGGCAAGCAGGUUAUGGAAGACCUAGCGCGUACAGGCGUACGCGUCAUCAUUCUCGAUAUUAAUGAGCCGAAUUUCGAACCACCCACCAAUGUCACCUUCUACAAGGCGAACAUCACUUCCUCGGCUGAUAUCACCCAAGUCGCGAGCACGAUCCGUGAGAAUCACGGCGAGCCCACGGUCUUGAUUAACAACGCUGGCGUUGGACAUGAUGGGACGAUUCUCAAUGAGCCUGAGGAGAAAAUUCGCCAGACCUUCGAGGUUAAUACCCUCUCUCAUUUCCUUAUGGUCAAGGAGUUCUUGCCGGCUAUGGUCAAGGCGAAUCAUGGUCAUGUUAUUACUAUUGCUAGUAUGGCCAGCUUUGUAGCUCUCGGUGAGAUGGUGGAUUAUUGUUGCUCCAAGGCCAGUGCGCUUGCGUUCCAUGAGGGAUUGCGUCAGGAGUUGAAGUACUGGUAUAAUGCGCCCAAUGUGCGCACUAGUAUCAUCCACCCCAUGUGGGUGCGUACGCCCAUGAUCAAAAUGCUCACGGAUAACGAGGCGCAUUUCAGUCAGCCUAUCAUGACCCCCCAGGUCGUGUCUGGGGCUAUCUGUAAGCAGAUAUUGACUCAGACCAGUGGCCAGGUUAUCCUACCCACUAGUCAGUCGGUGGCUAGCUUGGUACGUGCCAUGCCCACCUGGAUGCAGGAGGGUGUGCGCACUUUGGCAUCGGGUGCGUUGAAGAAGAUGCGCAUUGCGCAGCAGGCAGAAGAAAAGGCCCAUGCGCAGUAG